AUGGAAAAAGACCAACCGGAAGAGGAAUACGAUUAUUUGGAGCGUGCAAUUCGGAAAACUGGAUGUUGGGAAGAGCAUUUAGCAUGUGCCGAAUGUAUGGGUGACACAAGAGAUUGGAGAGCGUGCAAAGAAGAGUUGCAGAAAUUCAGAGAUUGCAUGCAAAACUAUAUGAAGGAUAAGGUGGUACCGUCUGGGAAAGCGUCAAAUUAA